AUGCCCUAUUACAUUGUGUGAUGUUCAGGUUAAUGUUUGUAAUGAACAGGAUAUUAAUCAGGUAUCUCAAACAGGUAAGUUUGUAAUAAAUUAGAGUAGUUCGGCUUUGUCAAUACACUUACAUAGUUCGCAAUAUCAGGGCAGAGAGCACAGCCUAACUGACCUCCACAUUUCCCAGAAAUGAAACCGAAAGCGGGUGUGCUUCUUUUCUUAGAAGUCGUCUUGAAUAUCUAGCGUUCCCCUCUUACAUAACGACCGCUGGAAUGGAUGGAGAGUGUGCCCAGUUCCCUGCUGUCAUCGACUUAAAUGUGGGUGGUCGUCAUUUGACAACCUGCCUAUCCACCCUCACCAAGUACCCUGACUCCAUGUUGGCCGCCAUGUUUAGUGGAAGGCACCCGGUAGCCAAGGACAAAGAUGGACGCUACUUCAUUGAUGUGGAUGCAGAUGUGUUUGUUCACGUCCUCAAUUUUCUGAGAUUCGAAACAGUGCCUCCUCCCGGAGCAGCUGCAGAUGUUCGGAAAUAUGCAGAUUACUUUGGAUUACACGUCCUGAAGAAAGGCAUUAUCAAUGCUCAUGGCAUGCUAGAGAUGCUCUAUGACGCAUGGAGGAGAGUGUUUCCUGAUUACACUUCUCACUUGGAAUACGUGAAAGGAGAAGUGAGGAAGUUUAACAUUUUUUCAAGGUAUUUUUAUCUUUGCAUACUUACCGCCAGGUGUUCAUGUCGUGAUUGUUCCCCGCAUGAAGCUGAUUUUCAGGGGUUACCUCGGAUUGAUAUACAUCUUCGUCUUGAGGAUAAAAGGCGAUCUUUGUUGCUUAGUCUUCUGGCACAUGACUUACAAUGUAUGGAUAUCUUCACAAAUGAAAAAGAAAUAACAAGCGACUGUUACUGUAUCGGUGCGAUGAAACUUCGGUUUGGCAAUGCACCCAAGUCUACACUGAAUGAACUCAAAUGAUUAAACAACGCCACCAACAGAAAUUCGAAUUUCGUCUAUUUCUGAAGAGAACGUAAAUGUAUGUCACUUUUACUUUCUUUCAAAGAGGGUGUAGACGAUGAUGGCGAUAGGUCCGGUGUGGGGGUCAGGACCUAUCACGUCAGGGUGGAUAUCAAUCAUUACACCACAAGGUUAUUACAUUGUUAACACAAAUAACCUUGUUAUUUUUCUACUUUCUAUGCUUUGGAGACUGUUAGUGCCUUAGAAUUAUUAAUACUGGCAUGUGGAUGUAUCGGAAUGGCUUUAUAAUGAAGACAAUACAAUAUGCAUGUACCCUGAAGUCGAACGGUUUUAUAUUAAUGAGAAAAGACAUUUCACGUGAUUCCAUAGCAUAUGAUUUUAUUAAAGCCAUUUAGUUUUCGAUUAUGCUUCCAUUAACCAAAAGCAAAUUAGGCCACGCCCAUAACCAACUAAUGCUUCCUGAUUGGCCGAUCAGAGUGGGCUAGGUUUGUUUGGCAUUAUUGCGCUGAUCGUUUUCACUGAUUUUGUGUCCUUAUAUGCAUUAUUGUUAUGUUAAUGAUUAAAUAAACACUUGUGAAGUUAA